AUGUUCCUGCUAGGUGCGUGCGAUUGUGGUGGAGAGCGGCCUCAUCACCUGUUUAGUGAGCUCGACGAAUUUUGGAACGAUCUGUCUGGUUCCGGUGAAACCGAGUGGCGCGAGGCGGUACGCUGGAACUACCGAUGCGUGUUUUGUGGCAAAUUGUUUAGCUUUGUUGAAUCGCCGGAGCGUCAUGUUUUGGAGGUCCAUGCAGACGAGAAAUCCAAUGAAGGAAUGCAAAAUUUUACAUGUAAAACUUCUGGGAAUUCACACAGCGCAUGGUAUCGCAUCAUGCGGUUCCGGUUUCAAGGCGUGGCUCACGAUCAGUGGACGACUGUAAUGACAAAAAACACUAGUGGUAAAGCAUGGACGUCUGAUUGCUGUGCACAUCUAGUGUUUUGUGAGCAGCAUCGGAUAUUCGCUUUUCAAGAUAUUUUGACGGUUAAAGAUGAUUCCAUGGUUGCCACGGUUGGUCUUCGGAUAGUCAAAAUGAAUGGAUUUUGGGGGCAACGUUUCCCAAUUCGUCGUUUCUUGGAAGAGAUCAAUUCCAACAACUUUGUAGACGCUGAGCAUCCGAAUUUGAACGUGCUAGGUGGUAGACUACGUGACAAGGCGACCCGAAGUAGUCAACCAGAAAAAUAUGGAAAACCCAAGACUCCGAGAGAGAACAACUGCGACAUCUGUGGGAAAUCAUUUUUGCGGUUAUCUGACCGUCGACGGCAUGCUACUGUGCACACAGGAUCAAAGAACUACAAGUGCGAGUUUUGUAACAAGUCGUUUGCACAACACACUUCUCUAAAAGGUCACAAAACAGUGGCCCAUUCAAGUGAGCAAGCAAGUGGAGUAGACCAAAAUUCAGUGCCAGUGGAAAUCGGUGCAUGUCAACAAAAAACUGAAGAACACAGCAUUGGCGUCAUACAGUACACUGAGGCCUCUAAAGUACUGACCACCGUGUGCUUGAGUCUAGGAUAUGUUAUCUCUGAAUGUGUGUUAUUGUGCACAAACCAAAGGAACUGUACUGGAAACUACCCACCGCAGAAACAUUCGCUGAUAACAGAAAUGGUGUUGAUCCCUACAGCAGAUUUGAUUACGCAGAGCACCAAGGAAGCGCGACCUCCCCUUUCGAAAAUCUUAGCGCAAGUUCAACACAACUCGCAAAAUGGCACCGGUCAGACCAACAAUCAUCUCCCAAUCGGACAGAAUACAAAUACACCGCUUGUGACCAACAUGUAUCGGCGGGAAGCACAACCAUACACCUGCAACUUAUGUGGGAAAUCGUUUCUAGCUGCCGCUCACUUGCGGCGUCAUGCUGGGGUUAAUACGAAGUCGAAAAACUAUCUGUGCGAUUGUUGUACCAAACAGUUUAAAUACGAAUCGUCCUUGAAGAUCCACAAACAGGUCGCCCAUCCAGACAAGGAAACGGAGGACAGCGUGGCAAAACAU